AUGCUCUUAGGCCAUCUUAGGCCCAAACAUCAACAUCUUUUCCACCGCCCACCUCGCCACGGACCGGAUUCAAGAAACCAAACCGGCCUAACCCCGUCAGGAGCCUGUUGCGAAGCCUGCCAAGCCGAUGCUUCCUGCACAGAUUGGUCAAUUAGCAAAGGGAGCUGUGUGCUCCUACAAGAUGCUGAAGGUUGGACGCCCGAAGAAGGCGCCAUAGCAGGAAGGUCGCAGGGUCUUCUGCUUUUCAACAGCUCGGGGCGCCUCUACGGGCGCGGAGCCGGGCCUCAGGAUGCGUUGCAGCUGCUGGCGGAGGGGUCACCGGUGUCCUUGGCGAACCGAGCCUCUUAUGUGCCCUACUUCUACAGCAGAGAUGGCUAUGCAGCAUUGGGACAUAGCAAUGUGACCCACUUCAACCGCAUGGCCGCCAGGUAUUUCUCAACCGGCCAGCAGCUGGCUUGGGCGUUUGAGGGCGCUUUCCAGUUGUACCUCAUGCCUGCUGCCUCCCUUUCACGAGGUACGAAAGCAUAUUACGCUCUGACGGGACGACCUGCACUGCCGCCCAGGCACAUCCUGGGAUUUAUGGCCUGUCGAUGGGGAUGGAAAGAUCAGAGGUAUUUGGAAGAGACUUUGGAGCAGUUUCGGACCGGAGGCUUCCCCCUGGACUCGGUGAUUUUGGAUUUUGAGUGGUUUGCCAACACCUCGGACUACGGCUUCAGAGACUCCGGGGAGUCCUGGUAUGAGGAUUUUGGCUGGAACCCUCAGCUCUUUUCAGCGCCAACUCAGCAACUGAAGAAGUAUUUGGAGGAGCAGCAGGUGCAUGUGGCGGGGAUCCGAAAGCCACGGCUGGGGAACCGGAAGCUGUUGAACUUGGCGAAAGAGAAAGGAUGGCUAUCUCUGAAAGCUUCCGGCCGAGGUGGUCCCGAAAACUACGCUGAUGGACGCUGGCUGCGCUUUUCGGAUCCCCAGCUGCGGCGCUGGUAUGCACAGCAGAUGCGGCACUAUCUCGACAGCGGCAUCUCAUACUGGUGGAACGAUGAGGGUGAAAACUUCUACUACACCUAUCAUGACUGGAACCUUGCAGAGCUGGAACUACACCAGAGCCACCAGGGCCGCGCCACGUCGCGAUUCUUCUCGCUGAACCGUGCCUUCACACCGGGCAUGGCGCGGCUGGGCGCUGCAGUGUGGACGGGUGAUGUGAGCGCGAGCUGGGAGGACCUGAGAAGGACCCCGGGCAUGAUGUUAAACUGGGCACUGGCCGGAGCGCCCUAUGUGGCUUGCGACAUUGGAGGUUUUAUUGGCAACGCCUCGUCCCAGUUGCUGGCCCGAUGGUACCAGGUUGGAAGCUUCAUGCCCUUGAUGAGGAUCCACUCCACCCACGACGAUCAGCCCCAUUGGCCCUGGCUCUACGAGGAUCGAGAGAUCAUGCGGCAAGCUUUGGUCCGGCGUUACAGAUUACUCCCCUACCACUAUUCCUUAGCGCAUCGUUUGUCCACGGAGGGCGAUCUCUUCAUUCGCCCCCUGGCCAUGGACUUUCCAGAGGAUCCGAAGGUGGAAAACAUGACGAGCCAAUGGAUGGACGGACAGAUUUUGGUGUCGCCGGUGCUGUCCAAGGAUUCUCGCGCAGAAAUCUACCUGCCCAAAGGUCGCUGGCAUCCCUUCGACAUGGAAGGGGAAGUGAUCCAGGGGCCUCACUAUGAGUCCAUGGAGGUGAAGCUCGAGGAUGUGCCAGCCUUUGUCGCCGUGGGCACUGUGCCGUGGCGCGGGGUGGAUCAGCAGGUGAACCUCUCCUUGAACCUUUCUUCGGAGCAGGACGGCGUCCUCAUCUUUGCGGCGCACGGAACGGCGGCAGCGAGCACGUGCAAGGCUUCAUUGGAUCCUUCCUUUGUACCGCCGGAGCACAGGAAUCAGCAGCAGUCCUACAAUCAGGCAGCUGGUCAUCCGCCUCCUUGGAAUGGUGCAACCUGGCAGGACUCAGGCAGCCGCAGUCCGCGAACGAGAUCAAGGCGCAAGAAACAGGGCAAGAACAAGGCGGGAGACAACUGGCAUGGGGAAGCUCACCAUCAGAAGGGCUACGGCAAAGGCUUCGAUGCAGGAGCUCCGUCACAAGGGCCAAUGAUACCCAUGCCUCAGAUGAUGCCCAUGAUGAUGCCUUACCCACAACACCAGAUCAUGGCUCCUCCCUAUCAGUCCAUGCAGCCAGACAAAGGAAGUGGCAAAGGACAACCUCUACCACCACCCUUGACUAUGCCUUCUCCACCUUCGACAGCUGUGACAGGUCCUCCAGGACAAUGGGCGCCUACGAUGCAGAUGAUGCCUGUUCCGGCAGUUCCCAUUGGGCCUGGACAGACCGAAACACCCACCGAGGAGGUCAAGAAGGAGGGAAGAGCCCAGGCGAACCUCAAUCGCCUGUUGAAGCAGAUGAAGAAGGACGAAGAUUCCCUCACCUCCGAUCUUCAAAAAAUGGCUCAUACCAUGCAAAAGCAGGACGAACGCGACAACACCAAGGAGUUGAGUGUCGCAGUGAAAAUCCUGGGACAAGCCAAGGAGGAUCUACUGGAAGCAGAAAAUGCCAAAGCUCAGCUUCUCUCCCAGUGGAAAACCUUCCUACAACAAUCGGUGGUCAAGUGGAGAGAAUUUUCUGCUCAAUUUCAAGCCUCGGAGUCGGCGCAUCAGAACAGCAUUCAAACCGCAAAGCUGAAUGUCAAGAGGGCACAGAGGCGCUUCGACCAGGCUUCCAAACGCGAGCAGGCCCAACCUGGGGACGCCAUCCAGGUCUCCGACGAGGAGGAAGAUGUCGACCUCCAAGAAGAUCCUGGAGAUGGAUCCUUAGACCAGCAGGAUCAAGGUGCGCAGAGAAUACACGAUGGCAUGAACAUGAUCGUCAAGAGCUUGGUGGAGCUCUCAGCCUCCGCAGAUCUGCUGGAGCAGAGGGUCAAACGGCCACGCACCGAAAAGGAAGACACCAUGGUCGAUGGUGGUGCAGGUGGCUCUGGUGGUGUAGCGACUGAUUUGGGUUCUUCAGCCGAACUACGUACAGAUGUCUUUGCUUUACCCCUGCGCAGAAAGACUUCUCCUUUCAAGGUUUCUUUCCAGCCUACAGUUCAGGUGCUCAUGGGAUUGGAUGAUGACAUUGAGUUCCAUGCUGUCGGAGUUCACCAUGAGGCACUUUUUGCAUGGCCGGACAAACCUUGGCGCCUUCGAUGUCCUGAUGAUGAGGGAGAUCUGACCUCAUUUAUGGCCAGACGUCCUGGGCCUCGACGAGCAAGCCCAACGGACUCAGUUGCUCCUUCAUCCAUGACAUCCAGUUCCUCUUUGAGUUUGCCCUCAUCUUCACCCAGAGUUUUGUGGCAACGAACAGUUUUGAUUCUUUUGGAUGGACGCAUGGUUCCAGCUCGUCUUUCCAAUGAUGCCAGCGAUACUGUUAUGCAUCAAAUUGCGCAAGCCUUGGGAAUUGUCCCAGACGAAGUUCUGGACUUCCACACUGUGCAAGCGCGCCCGGAGGACCUUGUGUCCCAGAAUCUUCAACGCAUUCUACCUCAAAUUCAUGAAGAACGGCGGCCUUCACCAUUCCUCCGCAUCGUGUUGGUUGACCUCGAGAUUUAUGAACCCAAUGAGAUCCUGCCUGGAGCCUUCAGACGCUAUUCCCGAUGGCUUCCCAGAACGAUCAACAGGCGUUCUGUUUUUCGAAUGUUGGAUCUGGAAUCCCUCCUGGAUGCACAUGGUGAACGUUGCAAACUGUGGUUCAACAACAAUCUCAUUGCGGAGGACUUCAUUGAACCACUACACCUUGAAGAUGGGGAUUUUGUGCGCAUCCUCAUUGGUGAGCAUGAUUCAGAUUUUCAGUGCGAUGAAACCACGGAAGACUCCGCAGACUUCAUGGUCGGCCUUCAGCUUGAAACCUUGGCGACAAGUGCUGAUUCUCUGUUGGUUCUUCCUGCAGAUGCUGAUCCGCUGCUAUUUUCGAAGCUUUGUCCUACGGGAGGCCAUCGACAUCCUUGCAUCCCUGUCUCCAUGAGCGUUGAUGAGGACGCAGACCCACCUGCUGGACAUCCUCAAGGCCAUGUUGAUCCGUUGCAAGGUGCCUAUGACCGUCCUCCUGGCAUCGACCAACCGGUGUGGGUUCAUGAAGUCUGGGACCUACUUGUUGCACAUGGAGCCGUUGAGCUUGCAGAAGAGGGCCCCAUCAUAUACCUGAGGUCGCACUACAUUUCGCAUCAACACCACACGGCCAACAGAGCCUCCAGGCCAUUACGGUUCGAUACUGAUUUUGAGACCUGGGAAGCAGACGUUCGCUUCAUGUGGGAAGAUUUGGUUGAUGUUAGUGCCUUGGACUUGGUCUUCAUUGCCCCGGAGCCACUCUCCAGUCCCACAGCUGGCACCUGCGGAACGGUUUUGGUGACUCAACACCCUACACCUGGUCAGGCUGCAUGUCUGGUGACACAUCCAGGGCUUGGCGAUCAUUUUGCGCACCAUGAGAUUGCUCUCUCCCUGGCUACACCAUGUUCAUGGGAGCACCUGCUACAUUCUGCAGGUUUGGCCUCCUUCUGCGCCCAACAAGAACGACGACAAUUUGUGGUCUGUGAACUCUUGGUUGGUAGCAUUGUGCAUGAACGAGAUCAACCUCUUCGCACUCAUGAUGGCCUUGGACUACGAGUACGACUUCGGAAUCUUCAAGCGUCCGAGCUUGUGCACUCAAUCAGCCAACUCCGUGCUGCUGAAGAUGACGAUGAACUACAACUAUGGACACAUCAUUGGAGCAUUCAUUCGCCUGGAGUCAAGAAGAGCCACCUACAGUCGCAGACUCAUGACCUGCAAGAUUGUUUGAUCAGGUCUUCGAGGAUCCUUGACGAGGAGGAGGCCCCACUCAUCCUGACACCAUUGGCCAUUCCUGGAGAAGCUCCAAUUGAAGAACCUACGCCUGAUCGUUUUCCUGCUGAUCAUGAAGACAUCAUUGCCUCAUGGAGAAGAGCUGCAGACACACGGACUGCCACGGAAACUCAGGAGGGUGAGCUGACUGUCAAGUUUGUAACAUGGUUCUUGAAUGGCGAUCGCUGGUCGAGAUGUGAUGCCUACAGAGUCAUUGCGCUGCCAUCUGACACAGAUCGUUGGGAUGCAUUAUUUCGUCAACAAUGGCGGGAUCGUUUAGACCAUGAUGCACCUUUAUACGUCUCUUUGGUCUAUCCCUCCGUUACGCCUGACCACCAUGGAGGACAUCUCAUUUUGCAUCAAAACCUUGGACCAACUGUACGAGGCGUUCUGCUCAGCGUCUUCUGGCACGGUCAAGACAGUGAACUUGGUAACCGCUUUGCUCAGGUUGUUCCUCACUGGCUCUCUUUUCAACGAUUUCUACAGUUUGCUGAUCUACUUGAGGCAUGUAGACGACGCCUACUUCUGUGUGUUGGCUUCUCUGGGAAUCAGCCGAUUGAAGAGGAUCGUCCACUUUUUCCUCGGCAUGGCACACAUGUUGAAGUUCACGUUGCUGAAUGGCACGUUGCGGAUGAAACCAGCCUCAUGCAACACCCAGGAGCACUUCACCCUGAUCAGCCCACCGCACAACCAACUCCUGAUGCAGGUGCUGCAUGUAAUGCAUCUCUCCUGAAUGCAGAAGCUCCCAUUUUCGUGCCUGGCCUACCUUGGUCCAUUGGCUCUAUGUCGGAGUUCACGCAAGAUCUCCAUGCGUUAUGGGAGGGUGCGGCCUUUUCCUGGGAGGAUGAAGCUCCCUCGGGCCCGAUCUCGGUAUGGUUCGUUGACCAUCAAUGGCAUGCUCCUCAUGGACGCGUUGCACGCCUGGUCCAGCUCUAUGAUGACUUUCAGAAUUGGGAGGAGCGCAUCAGAAGGGCAUGGGCUGACCACAUUAUUGAGGGUGCUGUUGUUGAAUUGCACUUGGUAAGCCCUCAUCCACCGGGCCACAACGACGCCAUCAUUGCACAUGUGGUUCUCGUUCAACGCCCCAAUGAAGCCUGGGUCACGAGCAUUGUGUCUUGUGUGGAUCGACGACGACCACAGCAGGUCACUCAACAGCUUGCAAUCACGACCCAUGAGCACAUCCUCAUUGAUAAUCUCUUGCGGGUCCUUGGCAUAUAUGAGGCUUGCAGUGGACCACGAGCACAACUUCAAUGUCAUGGAUGGUAUCGUUCUGAGCAGUUAUGGCCAGGCCGACCUAUCCCUGGGAGAUCAGGUUACAGCAUUGUGAUCCUUACACGACAAGCUCCUCAACCGAGACCCACUGAGACAGCUGGCAACAGAUCGACACGAGCUCCUGUCCUUCUGCAACUGUCUAGCCUGAUACAUAGCCAGACUGAGAGUGCUGAAGAUGACCAGGCAAUUACACAACUUGCCACUGUUGCUCUGCAGCUACGGUCGGGUUGUCAAACCCUUCUUGUACCAGAAUACAUUGAAUGCUCUGCACCUGGAGAGUCUAGUGACAUCGAGAUUGAGCUCAAGCAAUGGGGCCUUUCCUGCAGCGCAUUUCGCUUUGGAUCUUACAGCAUUGCCCUCUGCCUUCCUGCGCAUUGGUCUGUCCAGGAAGGGCAAUUUCAUUAUAUGUUUUGCCACGAGGACCUGAAGGACCCCAAUGGCGCUUUCCUUCACACCUCUGACAGACCCUUGGAUGAGCUUGGUCUCAUGCAGCUGCUUCACAAGUUUGGAUACUGUCGGGCGGCCGUCUUGAAGGUCGAGGACCUGAUGAUCGGGCUCCAAAGAAUCACCUUCCUUGAUGUUGUUCAACAGCACGGAGAAGCGAUUGAUCGCUGCAAGCGGCCUUUGCCAUGGCCGAGUUUGCCUGACCUUGAGCGAAACAACGUUCCCCUCCUGGACCUCUGCAGACCUCGUGAAGGAUGUGAUGAUUUCCUUAUCAAGAUUGGCAUUUCUCUGACUGACCUGGUUGCUUUCUUUGAGUCGGGCACUGAUGUCCUUUGCAGGGAUCCCACAGGCUAUGACCUACCGGACACCACGACACAGGCCAUGAACCUCAGUGAGACCAGUGAUCUGGCACAAUUUGAUCGAGUUAUCAUCUACACUGAUGGCUCGUCCUUGCCUCACCAUCGUCACAGACCUGCGCUCUGGAAUGAUGAGGCUGGCUUUGCGGAUACCUGGGCCUUUGUUGUGCUAGGAGAGCGACGUCAAGGACAGCAUCUGGUUGUUGAAGUCAUUGGAUGGCUCACUCACCCUGUGAGAUACGAGCCUCAGUGUCCAUCCUUCCUGGGUGCCACCUACAUUGGAUCCUUGGGUGCGGAGAGAGAGGCAAUGACGCGGGCCGCCUUAUGGCGGUUAACACAGAACGUCAACACGCCCACACUGUUUCGCACGGACUCGUGGACCACGGCCAUGCAAGCCCAAGGUUUGAUUGGAACCGCCUCGGUGGACCAAUCCUUUGCCAGCCUGAGAGGCUGCUUUCAAGCAUUGGAAGCUGCACUUCAUGAUCGUCUCCAUGUAGAACACACGCCUGGUCACUGCGGCGAUCCAUUCAAUGAUUUCGCUGACUGGCUUGCCACUGAGGAAAGGAAGCGUAGUUUCUACAACAAGAGGCAACAGCUCUCCAUGAACACCUGGCGGCCACUUUUGCCCUACAUGUGGAUGCUCUUCAGCAAGACUGAUGGACUUCCGUCAUGGGAUGCUAGUGGCUUUCAUGUUCCUCCUCCAUUGCUCCCUUCUCUACAUGCAACCACUGAGAGCAAGGAGUCUGGAACGGAGACACAGGAGAUGGCCCAGAUCAAUAUCAGUUUCUGCAGCGCCAACAUUGGCUCCAUGUACAAUGGCGAAUGGGGCCAUGCGGGGAAACUUGAUUAUCUACGUGCCCAAGUUAAACUGCUGAACCUCAACUUCAUUGGCUUGCAGGAAGCUCGCACGCCAGAACUUUGCUCCCGCACACAACAAAUUCUGCGUUUUGCCAGUGGAGCCCACUUGGGAUGUUAUGGCAUUGAACUGUGGAUCAACAUGGAACAGGCGUAUGCCGAGACUGCGGAUGGCCCUGUGUAUUUUGAGCCGCACCACUUUGUCGUUGUGCACAAGGACCCUCGCUGCUUGCUUGUCCAUGUGGUCACUGACUUGGUAGACUUCUGGAUUGUUGUGGGGCAUGCACCCCAGAGUGGCACGCCUUUUGCUGAACGCAUGGCCUGGUGGGAGCAACUUGCCCACAUCACUGCCUGUUGUCCCUUGGAUGCGCGUUUCUACGCACUCCUUGAUGCUAAUGCGGGCCCUGGACUGGCAGACCAUGUCUCUGUCUUUGACACGGUUGGUGGCACCACAUCGAGCACACCAUUACUGAGGGCCUUCCUGCAGGAGCGUGAUCUUUGUCUGCCCUGUACCUCUCAAUGCCAUGAAGGUCCUCGGACUACUUGGGUUGCGCCAGAUGGUCUCUCUGAGCACAUGAUUGACUACAUUGCCAUUCCCAGGACUUCUCUGCAUGAGUGUCUCCUCAGCAAGGUUGUUGAGGAGCUUGACCUGGGCAACAGCCAUCAUGACCAUUCUGCCAUUGCUGUCCAGUUGCAAUGGUAUGAGACACGUACUACACGGUCAGGCACAGUGGACCACAAGAAGGUCAGCAUUGACUAUGACAACCUUCAAGGUCAUCAUGUCCGUCAAGCUCUACAUGAUUAUGUGGUCCCGGCAUGGACUGAGGAUAUUGAAUUGCAAGUCUCCCAUUUCAAUGGCCAAAUUCUUGGAAGCCUGCAGAAAACGUGCCCACGCGCCAAACAAAAGCCGAAGAAGCCCUGCAUUGAUGAGGCCACAUGGCAACAUCGCACCCAAAAGUUGAUUGCCCGUCGUGGACUUCGACAGCUUGCCAAACAUUGCAGAGGAGAAAUUCUUCGUGCCUGUUUUUCUGCCUGGCACUCUCAGACUGACUAUGACGUCGACCGAUUCUGGCAAUAUCGCAGAUGGCUUCUUUGUGCCAAUGUCAAGCUUAUGGCAAGGCAUUACAUCCACGCCAAGCAGCUCAAAGAGCGACUGCAAGCCAGAAAGACGGCCUAUCUCCGACAGACCUUUGAGAAUUUGCCUCAUGAUGCGCCGGCCUCCUCCAUCCUACAUGAGCUCAAGAAGGUUGUCGGAUCCACGAAUCUACGAUCCAUCAAACAGCAAACCCUGCCGAUGGUUCGCAACUCUGAAGGGCUUCUUUGCACCACCCCGGCACAGGCGCUGGAUACUUGGAUCCAGUUUUUCCAAGAGAUGGAGGGUGGCAAAAGAAUGGAAUCAGCUGACCAACGUUGCCUAUGGGUUCAAAAUUUGAAGGAGUUUCGGGCACAAUCCUUGGCCCUGGACAUCACUGACAUUCCAUCCCUGGUGGAGCUGGAGGCAGCCUUCAGACAUGUCAAGCCCCACAAAGCGACUGGUCCUGACCUUAUUGACGCAAGCAUUUGUGCACGAUCGCCGGCCAUUGUGGCGCGCAAGACGUACAGUCAAUUGCUGAAGCUCUAUACACAUGGUCAGGAAAGCCUCCUCCACAAGGGCGGCCGCCUUCAACCCAUAUGGAAGCAAAAGGGUCCGCGGGACACCUGUGCGGCAUAUCGCAGCAUCCUUAUUUCUUCGCACAUCGGCAAAGCGCUACAUCGAUGCCUUCGAUUGCACACUGCUGAGGCCUUCGAGCACUAUUUGCAGCGGCAACAGACUGGAGGGAAGAGAGGGAUUUCUGUCACUAUGGGUGUCCAUCAAGCCCGUGCAUACUUAAGGGCUCGACUUUGUCAGCGGCAAUGUGUCGGACUCCUAUUUUUGGACUUGACGGAAGCAUUCUACCGCAUUGUGCGUCAGCUAGCGCUGGGCGGCCCGAUCGACGACGAAGCCAUUGCCACGGUCGGUGCACGCCUCAAGCUAGGCCCUGAUCUUCUUCAUGCGCUUCAUGACCAUCUUGAGGAGGCAUCAGCGGUUGAUCGUGCCGGUAUUUCUCCCCAACUUCAGAAAGUUCUCCGUGCCCUGCACACGGACACACACUUCUUUGUGGGCAUUCAGCGAGACGCUUGCAGAACAUCCCUAGGCACCAGACCUGGAGAUUGCUUUGCGGACAUCGUGUUCUCCUUUCUAUGGGCUCGCCUUCUUCACAGAUUGGAGCAGACGUUGAGCGAGCUUGGUAUUUUGGAUUCUUUUCCUGAUGAACCUGGACUACGACAUCCACACCAUUCUGAGCUUACCUCUGCCAUUGAGACCAAGCCCUUCCUUGGCCCCACUUGGAUGGAUGACACCUGUGUGGCAUUUGCUCAAAGCUCACCUGUGAUGCUGGAGUGGGCCGCGGGACAAGUCGGAGGUUCUUUGCUUAGCUUCUGUGAAGAGUUCGCCAUGACACCGAAUUUGGCCAAAGGUAAGACUGAGCUCAUGAUGGUUUUCCAGGGCGCUGGGGCGAACAAAGCCAAGCUCAAAUACUUUGGUCCGACUUCGCCCCACACUUUCCCGGUCGUUCUUGAUGGAGGAGUCCAACAUCUCAGUGUUGUGAGCUCCUAUACCCAUUUGGGAGGCACCAUCCAUCACAGAGGGGAUUUGCGGCGUGAAGUUCGGCGGCGACUCAGUAUUGCCCAUGCGGCCUUCACCAGGCAUCGGCGCCUUUUAUUUCAAAAUCGUGGCCUGGAUCUACGUCGACGCCGAGAACUGUUCCGCACAUUGAUCCUCAGCAAGCUUCUGUACGGAGCAGAAUCUUGGAUUCUCCGUGAUGGCCGAGACAAGCAGUAUCUUCACAGUGCACUCCUUCGACUCUAUAAUCGACUUCUACCUGUACGACAUGAGGCCCCCAGAAGCGAUGCGGACAUUCUAGUUGAAACAGGUCUUCCAGACCCUGCAGUGCUCUUGCGGAUCUGCAGACUCAGGCAUUUGGGACUCCUAUAUAGGAGUGGAGAUAGCACAUCUUGGGGACUCUUCAAUGAGGACAAGGAGUGGCACGACCUUGUCUGGAAUGACUUGACCUGGAUGUGUGCCCAACUCCGCCAUUCUUCGAAGCUUCCUGAUCCCAUGCAAGGUUUCCAGCAAUGGGAGUACAUCAUGAGGUAUCAUCCAGGCUUCUGGAAGCGUUUGGUUCGCAGAGCAGGAGAUCAUGACAGUGGACAGAGGAGCAACCUACAGAUUGUCACGCGCUUUCAUGGGGACUUUCUGAGUAUCCUUCACGCUCAUGGUCGGCUCUGUCACUCGGCACCGCAGACCGAGAUCCACAUGCCUGAGUUGACUCACGCGUGCAUGAUGUGUGAGCGCAAAUUUCGCAGUAAGGGUGGCUGCGGAGCCCAUCUUUUCAGGGUGCAUGGCAGAGUCAACCCGGUUCGGCACCUCUUUGCUACUUCGCAGUGUGGCGCUUGCAUGAAGGACUAUCACACUUUUGCGAAGUUGAAGGUGCAUCUCCUUCAUGCUACGACAUGUCGUCAUGCUCUACAAGCACGGAGAUGCAGAUGGAGGCCGACACCGGGCGCUGGCUCCCAGGUCAACAACGAACUUGAAGUCUCGCAUGACGGACUCCUACCGCCUCUUAAAGUUCAUGGGCCUUUGCAAGAACCUGUUCCAGGACGAGCAGAUGAGGACUACGACCAGGACCUCUUGGAAGAGAUCUUUGUUGACAUUCUUGACGCGGCAGACCUUGAUGAGUGUGAAGCGCUUAUCCGGAAGGCUGCACGUGGAAGAGCCAUUUCCUGGCUUAUGUUUCAAGCCACCUUAACGCAGUUCAUUGACAUUUUUACGGACGAGGAUGCAGCAGUAUUGCAUGUCCCUGGUGAUGCUCUACGUGCUCUUCUUCGCUCUUUGUGUUCUCCUUCGGCGUGGGAUUUCUUGGUUGACGGAGGGAGAGACAAGCGUUCUCCCUGGCAUCGGGACAUCGCCAUAUUGGAGCGACACUGCGUUUUGGAAAAGGAGGAGAUCGAGACCAAGUCGCUCCAGGUUUCACCUUCGAAAGGAUUUGCAAGGGAACGUUACAUUCUCCAUCUUUUUGCGGGCCGACGCAGACAGGGUGAUUUCCAGUACUUUGUUGACAGACUUGUUGAACUGCACGACCCUUUUUUCAUCCAGGUCAUCUCAGUCGACAUUGUCAUUAGCAAACAAUGGGGAGAUCUCUCCCGGGAAGACUCACGCCAGUUCUGGACUUCGGCGAUUUUGACACGCCAAGUUGUUGCUCUACUUGGCGGUCCUCCUUGCGAGACAUGGUCACGCGCUCGUGGUCGUGCCCUGCCUGGAGACGGACACCCUCAGCGCGCUGGACCUCGCAUUGUCCGCACCCUGGAGGAGAUAUGGGGCCUUGCGUCUCUGUCGCUGCGUGAGUUGCAGCAAGUGACAAUUGGCAACAUUUUGAUGGGCUUUCAAUUGGUUUCUAUGGCGGCUUUGGCGUGUGUCGGUGGCGUUGCUGUGGUUGAACACCCGGCAGAGCCAGCAGAUGGUGACGCAGCUUCGAUCUGGCGCACUCCCAUCAUGCAGCUGCUGCUUGCCUUUCCUGAGUGCGAGGUCUUGACCUUGGCCCAAGGCCUUUGGGGUGCUCAGUCGGCAAAGCCGACUACUUUAGGAGUGCUCAAUGCCCCGGGUCUGAAAUUGGAACUUCACCGUGGUCGCAUCACCUCUGAUCUUCCUAAAGGUGUUUCCAUUGGAAAGGACCAGACCGGCCAGUGGGCGACUGCCCGAUUGAAGGAAUACCCUCCGGGCCUGUUGAGUGUUUUUGCUUUGCACCUUUUCUUUGGGCUGCGGGACGGUCCCUGCCCGAAUUCAUUCGUGACCUUGCUAUGGCCGCAGCGGAUUGUGCUGGUGCUGGCUGGGCAUUCCUUGCGUUCCAGCGCCAGCUUACCCGGCGGGGACUUGGAGGUUCAGGUCUACGCGGGAGGCAACGGAAACUUCACCAUGGUCGAAGACGACGGAGUGAGCUCCGUGAGCGCUGAAGGGUCGCAGCGGAGCACGACCUUUGUAUGGGACGACGCACUACAGGAGCUCUCCUGGACGAUGACAGGACCAGGAAGCCAGGCCAGCCAGGCCCCCAAGGGCUCCUUCCAGCACCUCUUCCUCACGGUCUUCACCGACGCCAGAGCGCAGAAGAGCAGAUCCGUGCCGCUGAGUUCAAGCGGUACCCUGUCUGUGAGCCAACCUCGUCUACGCCAGGUGAAAUCGGGCCGCUUUCACAGUGCGACGCUGUGA